AUGCCUUUUCCCACCCAGAAUUACCAACAAAAUUCAAGGCAGCAAGCUGUUGUUCAACCUAGUGAGAUGUCUAUUGCUCAACCUUCUUCCUUAGAAGCUUUGUUAAGGGAAUAUUUGGCUAAAAAACAGACCAAGCAAAACAGCUUGGAAGCUAUUGUGCAAAGUAUUCCAGCAUCCUUGAGGAACAUAGAAUCCCAACUAGGCCAUUUAGCAAACACUAUGAAUACCAGAUCCCCUGGUACCUUGCCUAGUAACACUGAAGAGCCUAGGAGAAAUAAAGAGCAAUGCAAUAUGAUAGAGCUUAGAAAUGGCAGAUCUAAUUCUGUUGUUCAUGACAGCCCCCAAGGGGCUGCGCAUAGUAACCCCUUACCCAUUCUGGUUGAAUCAGACAAUCAGUCCCCUAUAGAUGAGCCUUUAGGGAAUAAUUUCAUGGAAAAAUCCACUCCAAGGGGUUCAGCCCCUAAGCCAAAUAAUGAGACACCUGCUGCCUCAAAAAGACCUCCACCACCUUUUCCUCAAAGGUUACAAAAACAGAAGCAAGAUAAUCAGUUUAGGAAAUUUCUAGACCUCCUAAAACAGUUGCAUGUCAACAUCCCAUUUGUUGAUGCAUUGGAACAAAUACCCUCUUAUGUGAACUUCAUGAAAGAAAUUCUUUCAAGAAAAAGGAAGCUAGAAGAGUUUGAGACUGUUUCUCUUACACAAGAGAGCAGUCAAUAUCUUCUUAGUAAGAUACCUCCUAAACUAGGAGACCCAGGAAGAGAGCCUAAUCCGACCACUGUCACAUUGCAGUUGGCUGAUAGGUCUUUAGUUUAUCCGGAAGGGAAAGUAGAGAAUGUUUUGGUGAAGGUAGAUAAAUUCAUUCUACCUGCUGAUUUUAUAAUCUUAGACUAUGAGGAAGACAGAGAGGUUCCAAUUAUUUUGGGAAGGGCUUUCUUAGCCACUGGUGGGGCUGUCAUAGAUGUUAAGGAGGGUGAGUUGGCCAUGAAUGUGAAUGGUGAGCAAGUAAAAUUUAAUAUUUUAAAAGCCAUGAAAUACCUAAGAGACAUUGAGGAAUGUUCUAGGCUAGAUAUUAUUGACUGUGUAGUCAAAGAUAAAUUUUUGCAUGAGUCCUCAUUAGACUCUUUACAAAAUUCUGGUUUUGAGGGUCUAGAAAUCAGUCAAACUGAUUCUGAAGAAGUAGUUAAGUGGCUGAAUUCCAGAACUGAUGUGGUUUGGAAAAACAAAAUUUUUGAGUCUUUAGAAUUAGCAAAGAGAGGGUUAAAACUUCCUAAACCCUCAAUUGAAGAGCCCCCUGUGUUAGAACUUAAGCCUCUUCCUAAUCAUCUUAGGUAUGCUUAUCUAGGGGAAAAGGACACCUUGCCUGUUAUAGUGUCCAAUCUGCUCACUGAUUUAGAGGAAUAA